GGCACAUUAAGUGUCACAUUUAUCGAGGAUCAAUUAUUAUAUUAAACUCUAAAUGUUAGAAAUUUUAAAAUCGCAAGAAAAUAUUGGUGAUGCAAAGAUAGAUUUACAAGUUUAUUCCAUGAGAGCUUGAAUGCUUAAAUUAACUAAUGUCGGAUAUAAAAUAACAAUGGUAACUUAUUGUAACAAAGAGGUUAGAGAUGUCUUGCCACAUAUUUCAAGUUUAGCCCUUUUAUAAAUUCUAAAUCUUAAUUUUUAUUUUUAUUUUUAUAUUUAGGGAGGGUUUAAUCUCCUUCGUAGUUUAUUACUUGUUGGAUCUUAUGGGAGAUAACUCUUAAUUUUGUAGGAAUCCUUUGAAUUCUCAACGAUCAUUUCUUUCAUUCUCCACAAACAUGUGUAAUUGAGACAGAUCUCCUUCUCAUUUGUAUCUUUAAUAUUAAUAUUGUUAAUAAAAUAUUUAUUUUUGUAAGAAUUAUCUAAAACAAUAUAUUAAUUAAAGAGGAGUGGUGAAUAGAUAUUUCACUUGUUCAAAUUAGGAUAUGGCCAUCUUUAAUAUUAGGGUUCUUAUUUGUAGGAAUAUCAUUUUUUAUAUUAAAAUUAAAUACGGCAGAAGGUCAGAAGCCUAACUUUCAACAACCCCCCAAUAGGACCAGAGGAAGUUGGAGAAUUUGCUAAGACUCCAAAAUACUAAAUAAAUAAACAGAAGAUAUUCAAUACUUUUGUAUGAGAGAGAGCUUCCAGGGUUGAAAUGUUGUGGAGGAAAUCUGCCGGGGUUCUUUGAAGUUGGUAGAGCCAAUUUACUCAAUGUAGGAUUUCUCCUGGUGCCCGUAUGGCCCAAAAAUAAAUAAAUACCCAUUUAUUAGCAUUUAUCAAGGAUGACUAACUGCUAUUUUGAUUGUUGCUGAGUUUUUUUUUUUUUUAUCUUUGAUCCAUUUUGUUUAUGGGCUAAUUAUCUAGUACGUUUUCAUCCUUUCUAUUAUUAUUUGGGCUGAAGCUUAUUUUAUUUUUAAUUUUACUGGAUUGUUAGUUUAUAUUUUGACUUUUCCCGUAAAAACAUAGCCUUAAUAGCCUAAUAUUUGACGUGUUUCUGGCCAAUUUGAACUCCAUAAAAAUGUUAUUUAGAGACACUCAUAGGUUACAUAAUAAAAUAUAUAGUAUAUCAAUGCAAUAAUAUCAGUCCAAACAACAUUUUCGGGCUUCUAGUGGGAUUUUUCAAAAUGAAUGCAUAAUAAUUCAUUCAUUCAAAAACAGCUUAACACAAUUCAAAAACUGGUUGGGUUGAAAAGAAACCAAAUUAUAAACAACCGAACAAUUCCCUCAACUUCUUUGCGACCCUAUUGGUUGGAAGAUUAAAUGCUUGCAGAGUGGCUAAUUAGAACUUUAAAAAAAUCCAGCUAAGAGACCGUUGUCUGACGUGAAAUUUCUUCAUUAAAUCCUCUCAUCUGCCUCCAUUCAUUGCCCCUCUUCCCUCUCACCCUCUAUAAAUCUCCCACCUUCCUCUCCUCUCUCUUCAUACAUACAACUCUUUCUUUCCCCCCCCCCCGGAAAAUUUGCCAAAACAUGUCUGGCUCGGUGAAGCUCAAGUAUGUCAAACUUGGGUACCAACACCUUGUCAAUAACUUCCUCUACUGCUUGCUAAUACCAAUCAUGGUUGCCAUAUCCGUUCAUCUUCUCAGGCUGGGGCCGGAAGAAAUAUUAAACUUCUGGCAAUCACUGGAGCUUAAUCUCGUUCAAAUUCUCUGCUCUUCCUUCCUCAUCAUCUUCAUAUCAACUGUCUUCUUCAUGUCCAGGCCUCGAUCCAUUUACUUAGUCGACUACGCCUGUUAUAAGCCUCCCAUCAGUUGCCGAGUACCCUUCUCCACCUUCAUGGAACAUUCCAGGUUGAUCCUCAAAGACAGCCCCAAGAGCGUAGAGUUCCAAAUGCGGAUUCUCGAAAGGUCUGGCCUCGGAGAAGAAACCUGCUUGCCGCCGGCAAUUCACUAUAUUCCUCCCAACCCAACCAUGGAAUCCGCCAGAGGUGAGGCCGAGCUCGUCAUAUUCUCCGCCAUUGAUUCCUUGUUGAAGAAGACCGGUGUCAAUCCCAAGGACAUAGACAUUCUCAUCGUGAACUGCAGCCUCUUCUCGCCCACACCGUCGCUGUCCGCUAUGGUGGUGAACAAGUACAAGCUCCGGAGUAAUGUAAAGAGCUUUAACUUGUCCGGAAUGGGCUGCAGCGCUGGGCUGAUAUCCAUUGAUCUGGCGAGAGAUCUUCUUCAAGUUCAUCCCAAUUCCUAUGCCCUUGUUAUUAGCACGGAGAUCAUCACUCCCAAUUACUAUCAAGGCCAGGACCGAGCCAUGCUUCUGCCAAAUUGCCUGUUCCGAAUGGGUUGCGCCGCCAUUCUGUUAUCGAACAAGAGACGCGAGCGGGUUCGGUCAAAGUAUCGGUUGCUUCAUGUCGUCCGAACCCACAAGGGCGCGGAAGACAAAUCCUACAAGUGCGUGUUCGAAGAAGAAGACGAGCAAAGCAAAGUCGGCAUCAGGCUAUCCAAAGACCUCAUGGUCAUCGCCGGGGAGGCGCUGAAGUCCAACAUAACCACCAUUGGACCACUGGUUCUGCCGGCCUCUGAGCAGCUCCUCUUCCUCUUCACCCUCAUCGGCCGGAAAAUCUUCAACCCUAAAUGGAAGCCCUACAUUCCCGACUUCAAGCUUGCCUUCGAACACUUCUGCAUCCACGCCGGCGGCCGGGCGGUGAUCGACGAGCUCCAGAAGAACCUCCAGCUAUCGCAGGAGCACGUGGAGGCAUCAAGAAUGACGCUCCACCGAUUCGGCAACACUUCUUCGUCUUCAUUAUGGUAUGAACUAAACUACAUUGAAGCUAAAGGAAGGAUGAAAAAGGGGGAUAGGAUCUGGCAGAUUGGAUUUGGAAGUGGGUUUAAGUGUAACAGUGCAGUUUGGAAGUGUAAUCGGAGCAUUAGUGCUCCGAUUGAAGGUCCAUGGCAAGACUGUGUUGAUAGGUACCCAGUCCAUAUUCCAGAGAUUCUGAAGCUCUAAGAUGUUAAACUAGCUAGCUACUGCGCAUUAUAUGCAUUAAUGGCGAGAAGGUGUUGCAUGUGAACUUGCUAUUGGAAAAACACGAUUCAUCUUUCUCUGCCAAAGUUUGCUUGCAGAAACUCUGCAUAGCAUUUAGUUCUCUAGUUGUCAUAAGAUCGCUUGUUGAUGCUCUUUGCUGCGUCAAUAAAGGCUGCGACUUUUCAUCUGUACAUGCAUGCAGCAUCAGAAAUAACUUUUGACAAUUGACAUUUACUUUUGGUUGACAAUUGUGGAUC